AUGAAGGACGCCCUGACAAAACUUGGCUACCAGGUUGAGGCCAUCAUAGCCAAUGCAGCGCACUUCGGAUUGCCACAGCAGAGAAAUCGAGCAUGGUUGAUGUGCACACUCAAAUCCGAGGCCGCAAACAGCGGUGAAGUCGUCAAAGAUGUGCGCCUUUUUCAGUGCAAACCUUUCAGUCUCUCAUCAUGCCUUUUGGAGGGUGGCGGACCUUUGGAACCCAAACCAAAGGCCAGAAAGACCAAUCACCCGGGAUCCUCUCAGAAGGAGCCUAGAUGGAAGGAAGGCCUUGAUGAGCAAUGUGAUAUCCUCGGUAAGGAGAAGGUUCACAAGCGCAUCAAGCAGAUACGGCCAAUGGUGCCAACCUUGACCGAGCGCGAACUGAGUAUCCUGGCUUGUUCCAUGGAGGAAAUCUACCAGAAGAAGAAGGAGAUGGCAGCAUUGCAGGGAGUUGGCCCUAGGGCCUGGACCAAAUACCAGAUGGCAGACGUUCCUUCUCGGCUCAUGCGGGACUUCAUCGGAAAUGGGUUCGCAAUCCCUGUGAACCUGGCGUGCCUGGUGUCCCUCCUGGCCAACUGGACACCGGAGAAGGUUGCCGCCAACCUGAAGAGCAAUCCCCUUGCGUCCAUGGAGGACGUGUGCAAGGUGCGCCUGUGCCUUAAGGACUGGAUCAAUGACCUGUACGACAUGCGGCACGGGCUGCCUGAGAGUGAGAAGCGGGCCUGGCCAGUGGAAAUGGGCGGAUCGUUCCAGACCAUCGUCCAGCGUGCAUGGAGCGAUAUGGACACCCUUUUGAACGACAGCCUCAAGCUCCUGAAGUGCGUUGGCCUUGUGGAUGAUUCUGCAGACCUUUCCCAUAUGGAGAAGUGGCUCAAGAUGAAGGAACGGGAACGGGGGUUGAGGGAGAAGUCUUACAGUUUUCAAAAGGGCGAGAUCUUGGGCAUGCGCGUGGAUCAUUUGGAAGCCGAUGAAGAUGACUACACUGGCUCCUUGUACUUUGAUGAUGGAGGUAUGAGAGGUCUCAGCGCAGCAGUCUGCUGGAUUGGCCUUACGUACCGUUGCACCCGGGAGCCUGCUGAGGAACUUCGGCAUCCUUCCCUCAAGCAGCUUGUGUCUUCCUUACUUUGCUUACCAUCGAUUCACAAGACACAGACAAAUGACCCAGCAAUGGCAAUGGUGCAGCGCAUUAUCAAACAAAACGUGGAUGCCAAGAAACUGCCGGUCAGCUCAUUUGAGUGGAGCCAGAUCCUCAGCAAGAUCGCCAAGAAUGUCUCAGUGGCAGAUGCGAUCAAGCUUUACAACAACGCGCCAGAGGAACGCAGUGGCUCUGGAAGUCUAUGGAUUGAUGGGAAGAAGACUUGGGCCAUCAAACACUGGUUGGAGCAAACAGGAGAGGGUGCGUUGGAGGAAGUUUGCAUUUCUCUACGGGACAUGCCCUUUCAGUUCGGCCCAUGGGGCGAAGUGCUUGCACAAUACAAGUUCCUGUUUGUGGGAUCGGUGGUGAACUUGAAUUCAUCUCAAGCCACCGAGGCGCAUCCAGCUUAUGACGAGCCCACAGUUACGGUGGACUGGAGCCUGAAGCUCAGCGCGGAGGCGCAAGCCAACUUGUUCCACAGGAUUCGAUUGCACUUUGAUCAAUCCACAUGCAUAGUGGAUGACGUCAAGGAGAAGCGCAAGUACAGACAAUCGGAAGAAGACCUCCUCAUGGUGCGGAACGUGCUGGCCCUGUGGGAUCAGAUUAGAGAUUUUUGCUCCCCUAGGUUGACUUCCUUCACAGAGAUGGACAGGGCUCUGCGGACCAACAACCACAAGGAUGCAGACCUGCGGGAGAUCAUUGAACAGCGCCCCUUCCAAUUCGCAUUGUCGAUGUUGCCCUGUGCACGGGCUGAGGCGCUGAAGCAGGUCAAGGAACAAGAGCAGCAUGCAACCAUGGAGGUUGACCGUCAGCGUUUAGAAGUCCGUGAAGCUCGCUGGAAGUUCUUCCAAACGGCUCUGGCCAAAGACCAGGCGGUCCUACAGCAGCUGAAGGCUGCCCCGGCCAAGCUGAAAGCGCUUCGGCACAGGAAGAUCAUGCAGUGGAAGCACCAGGAGGCAGAAAAGGGGGAGAAGAUUGUGCAGAACUACAUGUCCACCUACCUACGUUGUGAGCUGGUGGAGCGGAUGGAACAUGCGCAGCUUCAAGUGAAUGAGUUCAGGGCUUUGGUGGCUGGAAAGUGUGAAUGCAACAUCAUGGACAUCCACAUGGUGUCCCUUGUGGAUCUCAAUGUGCCCUUCGCGAAAGCAAAGGAGAACUUGGAUGAGCUGUGCAAGAUGGUGCAAUUCAUCAAUGACAUUUCUCCAGCCACCCACUGUGCAGUCAUAGAGAUUCCACAAAUGGCCAAAAAGUCCUCCAAGAGAGGCAUCUGUGACGAAGAGGCUGACCUCCAGCAGAAGUUGUGGGGCCUUCGCCAGGUGUGCGACGAUAGAUGGUUUCUACCUUUUGACCUACAACCAUCGGCAGAGAACAAUUCCAAAGGGAAGCGAUUCCAGCAGGGUCGCCUUGCAGUCAACAAGGAUGCCGAGGACAAGAACAUUUGGUUGCUGCAUUCAGAACUCGGAACGGCCGGAAGGCCACUGUCAGAGGAUCGUGUCCUGAUGCCUUUGAGCCGGGAGUUGGUGCUACCAGAAGCCCUGGGAGCUGAUGAUGGCAUUCGAGUGGCAGAGCGGCAACGGCCAAGUCCAGAGACCGUGUGCACUCAGAAGGGCAAAGACCGUUGGCGAGUGCUGUUGAGAAGCCUAUGCACGAUGAACGGCUACGACCUCACCAACAAGCCAAUCAUCAUCCUCAACUGGACUGGGUACGUUGAAGACGCAGGAUGUGCGGCUUUUGAUUUGAGGCUGAAGGAUGAGAAGCUGCCAGGAGGCUUCCAAACCGGGAACCUCUUUUAUCACUCCAUUUCGUGGCUUUGCAAAGACCAGUUUGGAGCAGCACGUUUGCUUCGGGAUGUUGCGGACGGCUGGGUGGCGGAGAAGUUCCAACACUGUGGCCAGAAAUUCUCUCGAGAGGAGCCUGUCCUCAGCCAGGCCGAGAUCAACAACAUCCCAGGUGCUGCUGCCCAUUUAGGAGGCCUUGACUCCAUACAGUUCACAAUGCUGGAGCGCGUGCAGGACCGAAUGAUGAUCAAGAACGAUGAACAUAUCUACUGGACCUCACAGCUUGGCCAGUACGCGGACGACUACCAGAAGCUCUGGGACCACCACCUUGACAUUAUCGGUGGUGACUCCGCCAGCGCUUCAGAACCUGCGGCCACUCCUGCCGGAGCAAGCGAGGCAUCGGAGGUUCCCAAUCAACCUUCAGAGAAUGCGAAUGGAUCACAGGCCUUUGAAACAGUGGAGUCUGUGGAGAAACUCACAGAGCAGUGUGGCGGCUUGGCUCAUCGGACAGCUAGCGAGGUCAGUGGGGUGGAGAUCCUCAUGAUGAAAGAUGAGUCAUUUUGGCUUGUGGCCCCAACGGGAAACAAAACUGUUCCUCGCCACAGUCAGAUUGGGGGAUUUGGGACAGGGCAAUACCUUCCAACGGCCAAUGAGGAGCCGGGCUUGGAGUUCAAUUUGACCGAUGAUUCAGCUAUAGUGCAGCUGGACAUGUCAACCUUCAGGACAGAUGGCAGUGGCAUCUCCACGAUGUCCCUCUACAAGAUGCUGCUGUUGGCAGAACAAGAGAAGAACAUCACAAGCCUCUCUGUCUCGUGGCUGAAAGUCACGCGCAAGGCAGACGCUGCUGUGGAGGCAGGGACCGAUGGAUUUGAGAUCAGCAUCAAGCAGGCCAUGAAAUUUUGUAAGGCAAAGGACCCCCGCACUGCGGCAGAGGACAGCCGUGUGAACUGUAAGAAUAUAUUCGGCCAGAAAAUGAAUGCAGUCACCUCAAGCAAAAUAGUGGCCAAGUGUUUCCGAUUUCGGUUUGAGAGAGUGGGGGGCACCUUCAAAGUGCAAAAGCCCUACUUGAUCUGCACAACUGGUGUCUGUCUUGAGAAGGGGAAGCCUCUCAAGAUCUCUGCAUAG